AUGAAAUUGGUUGAUAUUUUACUUGUACUGAGUGCAGCAGCAACUGCCAAUGCAAUAUUGAUACCGACUGGUAACGAUGGUUUACCCCAAGCAUCAGGCACUUUCAGUCAAGUAUCUGAUCCAACCAAUGAACCUAAUCCAGGCACUUCCGACGACUGGCAAAGUAUAGUGGAUGCAGUUAAUUUAAGCAUUCUUGACGAAGACUGGAAAUACCUAUUUGAUCCGAUUGAUCCAAACACAUCCGACCAAGACUGGCAACAACUGAUUGAUCAACCCAGUUCAAGCACUUUCAGUCAAGUAUCUGGUACAGCUGAUAAACCUGAUUCGAAUAUUUAUAACCAAGACCAGCAACAGCCAAUGGAUCAGCCUAGUCCAAGUACUCCAAAACGAGGUCGAAAACGGCCGAUUGAUGAACCCGGUUCAAACAUUUCCAAAUAUGAUCAGAAACAAUCGAUGAAUCAACCCAGUCCGAGUGCUUCCAAACAAAGUCGGAAACAAUCAGUUGAUGAACCCGGUUUAGACAUCCCUGACAAAGACUGGCAACACCUAAUAGAUGAAGUCAAUUCAAACACUUUUGAAGACUGGCGAGAACUGUUUGAUAUAGCUGGUUUAAAUACUCCCAGUCAAGUUUCUGACUCAAUUGAUCAAGUCGGUCCAAGCAAUUUUGACAAAUACCAACAACAACCAGCUGAUAAAACCAGUUCAAGUAUCCCCGACCAAACUCAGCAACACCCAAUAGAUGCAACUGAUUUAAAUAUUUCCGACCAAGAUCCACAACAGCCGAUUGAUCAAUCCAGUCCAAGUACUUCCAAACGAAGUCGGAAACGACGAAUUGAUCAACCCAGUCCAAGUACUUCCAGACAAGACCAACAGCAACCAAUGGAACAAGACCAACAACAACCAAUGAUUCAUGACGAGUCGGGCAAUACUGUUCCAAAUCAAGCGACUGUAUUAAACGAACGGGAUCAGAGAACCUUUGAUCGCAUGAAGAAAAGGCUUGUAGCGUCUAAAAUAGUGCAAAAGAAAAAACACAAAAAAUAUUGUGAUUAUGAAGCCAUUGGAUUGGAACAACAGCUAGCGCUAGAAAGGGGAGAAGAGAUAUCAGGAUCAACGUACGAUCCAAAGGUUGAAAAGCAACUGAAAGAAGAGUAUGUAGCGGCAAGUAGAAAAGUACCCAGUAUCAGACAAAGAUUGAAAAGGUUUAUGAAAAGGCGUGGUUUAGAAUUUCAAGAGCCGGACUCGGAUUUGGAUUGA